AUGAAAUAUUUUGCCGUUCUAGCUUUAAUAUGUACGAGUCUUGUCGCUUCUCUACCCAGAGUCAGGCGAGAAGCUUACGAAUUACCACACGGAGCGCAAGAGUUAAUAGGUAAUAUUCGAACUUCAUUCACUUGUGAAGGACGCAAAUACGGGUUUUACGCUGAUAUUGACAGCGACUGCAAAAUCUUUCACGUCUGCUACCCUAUAAGAACCGCCGACGGAAUCGCCGACGACAUCAUCGACAUUAAGCAAUGGAGUUUCUUUUGUGGCGACAAAACAAUAUUCAAUCAACAGAGCCUGACUUGCGCCUUUCCGAAAGAUGCGGUACCCUGUUCGGAUGCCAAAGACUACUACUACGUUAACGACUAUUUCGAUGACGAAAACGCUCGUUCUUAA